AUGGAACCCAAAAAGGACAGGAACACGGAGUGUACCCUGAUUGAGGCUAAUAGGAAGCCAUGGUUUGGUGACGACGGUUUGCAAAUCGUCCGACCCUUCUUUAGCAAUAUUCUAGCCAGUCUAUUCAUACAGCCGAUAGAUGAUGUCGGUUUGCAAAUCGCUCUACCUUCUUUUGUUCGAUUUCUCCUCGUUGUCAAAUUUUCAGCAAUGGACUAUUCAACUACCCUCUACAACAGAAUAAAACCAAAAAGAUUCGGUGGCUCUGCCUCUGCAGAACAGGAAG